AUGGCCUUGGAGCGGGAGCAGAUGGACGUCGUUGCGGCCGAUGCCGCAGGCGUGCCGUUACCACCUGUGGCCAAGCAUGGCCAAGCCGUGACCGAUGUGGGUGCAAGGGGGAGCUUUCAGGAAGUCCGCGACGCCUUCGCGGCGGCCGAGGCCUACGCUGAGCGCUGCAAGCGCCUGGCGAUGCCCGUGGAACCCUCCAUCGCGGUGUGGCUGCGCCUGGGCGGCGGCAGCUUGCAGGUGCCCUUUCAGAGCUGCUUGCUGCCCGCCUGCGAGUUUCUGGCACAAAGUCAAGGCCUCAAGAAACUGAGCUUCCGUUCAGCUUCAGCUCCGCGUGGCACUGGCAAUGCCAAUGCGCGAGUGCUUAGCCAUGUUCUGGCGAAUAACACGUCCUUGGAGACCUUAGACUUGGCAUAUUCAGGUAUCGACAGCGACGGUGUUGCGGAUCUGUGCGCAGGCCUACGUUGCAACAAGACCCUGAAGAGCUUGAGUUUGAGGGGCAACUACCUGGGGCCAAAAGGAGGCGAGCUGAUUAGCAGUUUACUGGAGCAGCUGAUUAGCGAAGCAGGUCCUGGAGGAGCCACAAGUCUUCGCGAGCUCGACAUCUCUGCAUGUUCUAUUGGUUCAGGCGGUGUGCGAAAUCUGGCAAAAGUGGCAGGCUUCAAGGUGAUCUACACCCGAUUGCCGGCGGCCGCACAAGAGGGCGCCCCCCUGGUGAACGUGGCGCAUAACUUUGAGACGGAGGAGCUAUGGAAUGCAAUCACUCACGGAUUGAUGUUCCUGUUCUCUAUCUUUGGCACGGGCUACUUGAUGUACAAGGUGUCGGACAAUCCGGUGCACCACAUUUGGGGCACGGCCAUCUUUUGCUUUGGCCUCAUCUUUUGCUUUGGGUCUUCAACCCUCUACCACUCCUUGUUCCUCUAUCCCAUGACUGGGCGAGUGCUACAAGUUCUGGAUCAUGCGGCCAUUUAUCUCCUCAUCGCUGGGACUUACACUCCUUUCUUGCUCUUUUACUCCGACACACCGGCGCACAUGGAUUUGCUGAAAGCCGAGUGGCUCCUCUGCUGGCUGGGAAUUGUGACCCAUAUUUGCUCGCAAUACUUUGACUGGGGCACAUCGGUUCCAUACCUCACGGGGGAGUUGCUCCUGUACUUGAUGAUGGGCUGGGCUGUGCUCCUCGCUUGGGACAGUUUCACCGCUCAGAUGCCUGGGCUUUGCAUCUCAUGGCUGGUGGCGGGUGGGCUUCUUUAUACGGGUGGUGUGCCAUUUUUCAUGCUGGCGGACUAUAGGCCGAUCCACCACGUGAUUUGGCAUCUAUUCGUGGCCGCUGCAGCCAUUUGCCACUGGAUUGCAGUUAAGGAAGCCGCCCGUGAUGCCUUGCUUCAUCAUUCCCAUGGACCCUUCAGUGCUCCAGUGGAGUGGUGGGUGGAGAGAUUCCACGAAGUGCGAGAAGAAAUUUCCAAACUGCACAACGAGACGCAAGACCAUGGGGUCUACAGGACGUUGAUCGAUCACUUGGCGCCACUGUUGAAUGGAACCGGAACCAGCGACGCAAUCUCAAUCCCGGGCAUCGCUGGUGCCUUUUGCACUCCGGGUUUAGACAAGUGCUGA